CAGGAGCGGAGUCGGAGCUGAACUCACUCCUCAGUUUUCCCGGAGGGCUGUCGGUGCUGGAUGCCACAGAGCCAGUCUGAAUUGGCGCCGUCACCGAACUGAGCUUCUCGAGAGUCAGAGGACAAUUCCCGGGGAGCAGCACGGAGCAGCACGGAGCGGACCGGGGGCACAUGGAAACGAAAUGUCGCUGGAAACACGGCGGAGGACUUCUUCAUAGUUUCACUCGAGAGGAGGCGAAGUGAGCCGCGAGAUAAACAUGCUCACCCCGAUGCUGGCCUCCUUGCUGCUGCCUCUUCUCCUUCUCUGUCGGAUUUCUUUUUGCCAAUAUUCAAGCGACCAGUGCAGCUGGAAGGGCAGCGGUCUGACACAUGAAGGCCACGCCAGGGACGUGGAGCAGGUGUACCUACGUUGCUCCCAAGGCUUCCUGGAGUGGCUGUAUCCCACGGGGGCCAUCAUCGUCAACCUCCGACCCAACACGGUCUCCCCCGCCGCCGCACGGCUCUCCGUCUGCAUCAAACCCUACGCAGACUCCAGUGGCACCAACAUCUACCUGGACCGUAAUGGCAAGCUGCGGUUACUGCUGCGUGAACAGGACCAAGCUCAAAGCAAGGUGCAUUGCUUCAGUAUCCAGGAGGGGGCGCUCUUCAUCGAGGCUGUCCCGCACAUGGACAUCAGCAGACGGAUCACGGCGUUCCAGUAUGAGCUGGUCAGCGACAGGCUGGGACCAGAGGCACACUCAGUGGGUGCACCCUGUCAGCCCUGCAGCGACACUGAGAUGCUUCUAGCAGUCUGCACCAACGACUUUGUGGCGCGAGGCAGUAUUGAGAAAGUGGAGCAGGAGGAGGAGCACUCGUCUGUCAGUGUGGAGAUCAGCCACCUCUACAGACAGAAGAUCCAGGUCUUUGUAUCUGGGGGUGUGAGAGUACGGAGGUGGACUGGUCACAUUAAGAUGCCCCUGCAGUGUGGGGUGAAGUCUGGGGAGGGCGAGUUCCUCUUCAGUGGGACAGUGAGGUUUGGGGAGGCCUGGAUGGGUUGCGCCCCACGCUACAAAGACUUCCUGCGGCUGUAUCAUGAAGCGCAGCAGCAGGGGACAAACCCCUGUCAGGUGGACACUGACUGAGUGCGUUACCUGCCCACGCUUGGAAAUAUGACAAGUCCUCAUUGGGUGGGGAGGAGCACUGAACCAAGAGUUCAUGCAAAAGAGAGACAGAGGCUGACAGACUGGCCCCGAGCCUCUGUCCUCUCCUGCUGUCUUGUGACUCUUUGGAGACAAAGACUGGAGCUCCUGAAUGUUGCCAAGCAGCAUGCUGGAUCGACUUGGCUCUCAAAGUCGAACAUGAUGCAACGUGGAAUGUGUCCGGACUGCCUUUCUCGCAGACAAGGAACUCCCAGGUUUAAAAUGUAGCAAAACCCCCAUUUGGUUUUUAUUUGUAUAAAAUGUGAAUGAACAUUGUAUAUUUUGAAGCUCUGCCUGCUUUUGUAAAAAAAAAAAAAGUUUGAUGUACAGUUUUGAAGUUAUUUCUUAUGACAGAAAUGUAUAAAGUGAAAGCCUUUUAUUUUUAUUUUGAUUAAAAAAUGAUUCGCAAUUUUAAUGCCUGAAUUCACACGUUUUUUCAGGCCGAACAAUUGUAAAGGAAAAACGAACCAAAAAACAAAAAAAAGCUAAAUGUUUUUUGCCAUUGAGAAUAAAAGCUUUUAUUUCUCUGGAUGAGCGUUAAUGUCUGUGGUGUUUACACGUUAAAAAAAUUAUU